GGCGGGCGGGACGGCUUUGCGCUCUCCGCCGCGCCUUCCGGGCCGGGCCGGGAAAAGUUGGGGCGGCGCGCUGGCCUCGGGGGCCGGGCGGGAAGUGCGGCGUGGGCGGCUGAGGCCCCAUGCGGGAAGGCGGCCCCGCGGGGACACGCGGGAACACGCGCGGUCCGCAGAGGGGCGCGCGUUUGCAGGUGGAGGCGGGUGGCCGAGGAACCCAGCGGGGCGGCGGGGACCGGCUGGCCUCUUCCCUGCUGCGGCCCAGGGGGCCGGCGGAGAGUGGUGGUGGUGGCCCUCGUGGCUUUCGGGGUCCCCGUGGGGAAGGAGCUGAGCGUGGUUUCCUGCGUCGCGGGCUCCAGGACCGCCCCUCCCAGUGCCUCAUUCACCUCACACUGCGGUGCGUUUGUCCUGGGGAAGUUGAGCGGGCCGUGGAGUGGACGGAAGAACUCAGGUCACCCUGACUGGAAAUCAGUUGACCCCCGUCAGCGAAGCAGUGGUUCCUGAAUUUGAAGAAAAG